AGGGGGAGGAGGCGACGGGAGGCGCCUCCGCUUAAGGGAGCCGGCCGGGCGCCGCCGCUCGGACGGACGCGCGGACGGAAGGAAGGAGCGGGGCCGCCGGGCCCGGCCCGGGGAUGCGAGCGGCCGCAGGGAGCGGAAAGAAUGUCGGAGCGGGCCGCGGAUGACGUCAGGGGGGAGCCGCGCCGCGCGGCGGCGGCGGGCGGAGCAGCGGCCGCCCGGCAGCAGCAGCAGCAGCAGCAGCAGCCUCCGCAGCCCCCGCGGCAGCAGCCGCCGCCGCGGCGCCUACGGCCGGAGGACGGCGGUCCCGGCGCCGCCUCCACCUCGGCCGCCGCAAUGGCGACGGUCGGGGAGCGCAGGCCCCUGCCCAGUCCCGAAGCGAUGCUGGGACAGUCGUGGAAUCUGUGGGUCGAGGCUUCCAAACUUCCUGGGAAGGACGGGACGGAAUUGGACGAAAGUUUCAAGGAGUUUGGGAAAAACCGCGAAGUCAUGGGGCUCUGUCGGGAAGACAUGCCAAUAUUUGGUCUUUGUCCAGCCCAUGAUGAUUUCUACUUGGUGGUGUGUAACGACUGUAAUCAGGUUGUCAAACCACAGGCAUUUCAAUCACAUUAUGAAAGAAGACAUAGCUCAUCCAGCAAGCCUUCUAUGGCCAUUCCUUCCACUUCAGUAUUUUCCUUCUUCCCUUCUCUGUCCAAAAGCAAAGGAGGCAGUGCAAGUGGAUCCAGCAGAGGGGUUCUUAGCACGUCCUCAAGUUCCAAGUUGUUGAAAUUUCCCAAAAAGAAACUGCAGCUCAGGGGGAACACCAGACCAAUGCAUCCCCUCCAGCCAAGUAGAGUCCCCCAUGGUAGAAUCGUGAGGACGUCUGUGAAAGUGGAGAAGAUUCAUCCAAAGAUGGAUGGCACACUACUGAAACCUGCGGUGGGACUGACCUGUCCUGCUACUGUGAGUUCCUCAGUCAAGCCUGUCCUUAACUGCCCCUCAAUACCAAAGCCAACCUUGCCUUCACCUGGACAGAUUCUGAAUGACAAAGGACUUCCUGCACCACCUGCUCUGGAAAAGAAAUCCGAAGACAGUUUCAAUAACAGGAAGUUUUUAAAUAAGAGAUUAUCAGAAAGAGAGUUUGAUCCUGACAUCCACUGUGGGGUCAUUGAUCUCGACAGCAAGAAGUCCUGCACCAGGUCUUUGACGUGCAAGACACAUUCCUUAACCCAGCAGAGGGUUGUUCAGGGUAGAAGAAAACAAUUUGAUGUGUUAUUAGCCGAGCACAAAAACAAAACCAGAGAAAAGGAAUCGAUGCACCAUCUGGACUCUCAGCCACCACCGCCGCCUCUCAGGGACCCACAUCUCGUCCCUCCUAGAUCGUCGCAGGAGCCGCACCAAAGCACUCAUGGAGUGAUUCCUUCUGAAUCAAAGCCUUCUGUAGCUAGCAAACCUAAACCUCACACCCCCAGUCUUCCAAGGCCUCCAGGCUGCCCUGCUCAGCAAGGUGGGAGUGCCCCAAUUGACCCUCCUCCAGUCCAUGAGUCUCCACACCCUCCCCUGCCUGCCACUAAGCCAGCUAUUUGGUUAUCCAGUGAGGAGGGUGAAGGCAAUGACAAAGAAGAGUCUAUUGAAAAACUGGACUGUCAUUAUUCAGGUCACCAUGCUCAGCCAGCAUCUUUUUGCACAUUUGGGAGCCGGCAGAUCGGAAGAGGGUAUUAUGUGUUUGACUCCAGGUGGAAUCAGCUCCACUGCGCCCUCAACCUCAUGAUGGAGAAGCAUCUGAAAGUACAGCUGUGGAAGAAAAUCCCACCAGUGCCCAGGACCACAUCACGGGUCUCUGCACGUGUUCCUCACUGGACAAACUCUGUGCCGACGUCACAGUGUGGGAUCAGCUAUCUUGCUGCAGCCACCAUCUCUGCAUCCCCAGUACUGCUCUUGUCCACCUGUGUUUCCCCAAUUAGCAAAUCGGUACCAGCUCAUGGAACCACACUGAAUGCACAGCCGGCCACCUCCAGGUUGAUGGAUCCUGUGUGCAGUACGCAAUCCAGACAAGUGUCCUCUUCAUCCUCAUCCCCUUCCAGGCCCUCUGGCCUCUCCUCAGUCCCCUCCUCCCCCAUGUCCAGGAAACAUCAGAAGUUGAAAUCCAGCAAAUCUUUAAGGCACACUAACAGCACUGACUGUCACAAUGCCAGUAGCAGUGCCAGCGGCGGCUCAGGAAAGAAACGCAAAAGCAGCUCCCCACUGUUGGCCCACGCCUCCUCCUCCUCCUCCUCCUCCCUCCUCCUCCUGUCCUCCUCUUCUCAUUCCAUGGAGUCUUUUAGAAAGAACUGUGUGACUCGCCCCAGGCCUCUCUAUGUGUCAGUGGUGACGUCUCCCCACAGCAUCAGCCUUGACUGCGUGGCGAACAGAGCGCACGCCGCGGGCCUCCUGCACGAGCAGUCAGGGAGGGGCCCCCUGAGUGGGAGCCCCGCAGAGUCCAUCAAGAGGAUGAGUGUGAUGGUGAACAGUGGGGGUUCCAUGCUCUCCCUCGGCCCCUUCGUCCACCAGUCCAGCGAGCUGCCCAUCAACUUACACGGCGGCUUCCCGCUCUCACACAGCCCCAUGGACAGGCUCAUAGGAAAGAAGAGGAAGUGCUCCCCGGGCUCUGGCGGCGGCGGCAGCAAACCCACCAAGGUCGCCAAACUCCACAUGAAGCAUGCGGGCACCAUCCCAGGGGCACAAGGACUGAUGAACAAUUCCCUCCUCCACCAGGAUAUCUCCUCACCCUGCUUUACAGGAAUCUCAGCAACAGUGCCCCAGAACCCUGACUUAAAAUCCAAAGGCAUGCCCCUGACACCUGAAAACAGCACAGGGAGGAAUAACCCGGACACUCUUGAAGACAAGUUACACCUCCACUCAGCACUCUGGACUCCAUGAUACCUUUGAGUCUCUUCCCGACCUCCUGUGGGCCUCAAGGGUAACCCGCCAACCUCUUGUUUGAGUGAGGAUUUCCCUGAAGCUGUGUCUGUAGCAGUGAGUACUCAUAAAGGACACUGGAUCGAGUUCAGCCACCGGAUUGCUUUUAUUAGUGUUAAAGUGCUCUGGACUGCUUGCUACCAAUCUGUGAGAAGUUUUUGUUUUAUUUUUUAACUUGCAGUAUAUCAUGGAGCCACUCUCCGAGUAGAUUGGCUGGGCAAAAGAAUGUUUUGGCAAGAGCGUUACUGUAGACUCUUCUCCCUCCUCCCUCUCCCUGCCGGUUUCUCUUUUUCUGCCCCUCAACCCAACUUUAAUUUUUUUUUUUAAACACCAUCUUCUGGAGGUCAGUCUCCAGCAGGUAGGCACCUUAUCUGGAGACUGGAGGCUCUCCAGGAGAGAAGCUGUUCACUGAGUGCCCCUCUGCAGAAAGGAAUCUGGCUUUAGGUUUCCAUAGCGAUGUUCCAGGACUAGCAUACGGAUGCUGGCACCAGGCGUCAUGACUCCAUAGCCCAGUCCUUUGCAAGUAAUUUGGAAUAAGAAGCUGUGUGAAAUUUCAAACUUACAAAAUGGUUUGAAGUCACUGAUGACCCAACAGCAAGUAUAAACCUUACUGGAGACUUAUUUUCAUGGUACAGAAGCAAUUCUAUGUGAUUUUUAAAAAAAGAAAAAGAAAAUGCAAACUAGUUUUGAUAAUGGAAAACCAAAUUGGGGGUGGGGUUGGGAAAGGUAAAAUCAAAAUGGGAGAAAAGUCAUCUUUUUCCAAGAUUUCCAAAGAGAUGUGAUUUUCUUAUUAAGUUUUCAUGUGAAACAGUCUGUCAGGCUGGGCUGAUGGUCCUACCCCAUCUGUUUUCUAAGAAUUGCCUUUUUAAAGUGAAACCAUUAGGAUGUACUUCUGAGGGAUCGCCCCCAUUUUUCUCUGCGGAUACUGUCCUGGGACUAAGUCUCAUUUCCGCAUCCACUGCUCCCGGCAUGGUGUGUCCCCUCUCCCCUAGGACUACAGACGUUCCUCUGGAUGCAGGUGGCCAGGGAGCAGACCCCCAGACAGGUGGAGUAAGAGUGUGCUUGCAUUCCUGUUCAGGGGGUUCCUGUGGGCAUGUCAUGUUUCCUCGACGUGCCCUCCUUCCUUGGGUUAAUGCUGUCAUCU